AAAGAAAAUAUCUAACAGCGUAAUGUGAUAAAGCUAAAAAUCUGCAUUUAAAUUGUAGUCUAUGGAUAAGACAAAUAGGCCAAAAUAAAAAAGAAGAAGCUGAUUGUUCAAAGACGAAGAAACUUUAGGUUAGGCAUCUAUAAACAAUUUAUAUUUUCUAUACAUUUAUAAGCAUGUCCGAGACCAAAAAAUUAGCCCAUUCUCUGGAGGACAAAACGAGAACCAGGGACGUUAUUGCAGAAGGGAACGUCUCAUUCGAGUCGUUGGUUUUGCCUGGCAAUGUUCUCAAAGGAUUGAUUGACAACGGAUUUCACAAGGCCUCUCCUAUUCAAAUUAAAGCAAUCCCUUUAGGAAAGUGUGGAUUCGAUUUGUUGGUAAAAUCGAAAUCGGGCACUGGCAAAACAUUGGUAUUCACAAUUGUAGCACUUGAUACUAUAGAUUUUGCUAAGAUUGGGCCACAAAUUUUAGUUGUAACUCCGACUAGAGAAAUUGCAGUUCAAAUUCGAGAUGUAUUUAAGGCUGUUGGAUGUUAUUUUGAUGGACUAAAUGUAGAGUACUUUAUUGGAGGAUUUCCGAUAGAACAGGAUAAACUUAAAUGUAGAUCCUGUCAUGUGGCUAUUGGUACACCAGGCAGACUGAAACAGCUUAUACAAACUGGUAUUCUCAAUGUAAGUUUUAUUAGGCUUUUUGUGCUUGAUGAGGCUGAUAAGCUAAUGGAAAAUAGCUUUGAAAAUGAUGUUAACGAAAUUUAUAAUAGUUUACCUGCAAAGAAGCAAGUUAUAAUGUGUAGCGCGACAUACACCAAAGAACUAGAGACACUUUUAACUAAUUAUAUGCUUAGCCCAACUUAUGUUAGUGCUGAAAUUGAAACUCCACUUCUGUUGGGGCUUAAGCAAUUUGUGAGGAUUACCAAAUUUGCAAAUAAUAUUGUACAACAGACAAAGGUUAAGAAUGAUGAUUUGGUAAAAAUUUUUGCAGUGACAUCUUUUACCCAGUGUUUGGUAUUUUCAAAUUAUCAGUCACGUGCUGAAAGCACAAGCAAUUUUCUUAACCGAAAUGGUUGGAGUUCUACUUAUAUAUCUGGGGCCCAAAAUCAAAAUGACCGGCUUAAUGCUAUUUCAAACUUGAAGGACUUUAAGUUUAGAAUAUUAAUAUCUACAGAUCUGACUGCUCGAGGUAUUGAUGCAGCUAAUGUAGACUUAGUCAUAAAUUAUGAUAUUCCCACGGAUGCUAUGACCUAUUUACACCGAAUGGGCAGAGCUGGUAGAUAUGGUUCUACAGGUGUUUGUAUUAAUAUGGCAUCUGAAGGCCAAGAGGUUGUGUUAUUACAAAAUAUAUUGGGUAGUAUUGGAGGAACCAAUUUAUCCAUACCUAUUCUAAAUGAUUCAUUCAAUCUAAAAGAAGAGAAUUUGUCCAAAGAAAAUUUGCUUUCUGGAGUUGUCUCAGAAAAAAAUGUCUCAUUCGACCAGUUCAAAGUGGAAUUAGACAAAAUAAAAGUAAAGCCUGAUAAAAGUAGAAAAAUAAAACAUAAAAAAGAUGAUCUAGAUAAAGUUAAAGGAAAUGUUGAGGAGAGUAUUGCAGAUGUUGAAGCAACAUCAAUUUUAGGACAGUUAGCAGAAGGAAAUUUUGAAUUGGGUAACAAUGGUAGUUCAGAUGAUUUAAAUUGCAAAAUCAAUAGUUUUGAAUUAUUAAGUCACUUAACAUCAGAUGCUUUUAACAUACCAAGUAACCAAGAACAUAAACUUAUGAGUGAGGAUAUAGAUAUAACAAAAAUAUUAACUGAACUAGCUGAAAAAGGCAAGACAGUUCUUAAUUCAAAUUUAGAUAUCAAUUAUAUCCCAUCUAACCCAAAUUCUGAAAGUGAUAUAUACAAAAAAAAUAGAACUCUGUUUAGCGUCGCCAAAACUUUAAGUAACUGUGAUACAGAUCAAGAUGACAUACAGGCUAUAGGUCAGUACCUGAACUCUAGAAGAUAUGAGGAUUAUUUACAAGAAUGCAAUGUAUUGGCAAGUGAAAUAAGACAGCAAAGGUGUUCCCAAAAACAAGUUUUGGAGAACAUAUUUUCAAUGGCAUAUCAAUUUGCAAUAAACCCUUCAACAGUUCAUUGGCAAAACUUGCUUCCUGAAGAAGAACGAAUGAAAAUUGUAAAUGGUCAAGUAGAAGAUGAUUGCCAAGAUGAUAUUGUUACAGAUGAAUUUGGAGAGGAAUAUAAUGAUAAUGAUGAGGAAUACAACUUUGAGUUAGAGAAAGAAAUUGAAGUUAACUAUGACAUGCAGCCGAUUGAUGAUUUUAAUUGUCUUAAAUGGGUCCCAGUUGAAGCAAAGUCUCAAAAAUCUAAUGAGUACAUGUCAGUUGCCAAAAAUAAUUUCAUUAAUAAUGAAGUAAGGGAAUCUGGGAAUCACAGUAUAGCUCCAUCUUACAUCGAAAAGUAUUGCAAUCAAUAUGGCGAAUAUUUUAGGCAUUGUAGUGAACAUCUGUGGCAAACUGGGUUGUCUUUUAAUACUGUAGAACAGUUUGAUCAGUGGUUCUGCUAUGACUGGCAAGCUCAAGUGUCAGCAGUAAGAAAUUGUAUUCAGCAAAAAAUUUAUGUUGAAGAAAUGGCAGGCAUUCAAAGACAAUCUGCUGAGAGAAUGGAAAAAUCAGAUCAACAAAUAUAAAUGGCACUCAUGUCUUUUCUAAAUAUGGAGUGGUUAC